CUCACCUUUGACACUGCAUGUGAAAAACACAGAGGGGUUGCAACCUGCCAAGUUUGGGAAGCCCUUCUGUCUGAAGUGGUAGACACUUCUGAGGUGUAUCGGUAAAAAAGGAUGCCUGGAGCCAGCGGUGUCAACGUUGAGCGCUCUUGUGAGGCCCUGUGUCGAACCCUUGUCUCCCAGAACGGCCUCCAGAGAGAGACGGCCGACAUCUCCCAGUCUGUCCUCUACACCUCCCUGAUGGGCCUACUUCUGGUUGCUGACAAUGAGAAAGAGCAACUCUCCAUAGGAAGUGGAAGAGUUGGCCUUAGAAACAUAGGAAACACAUGUUUCCUGAACGCAGUUGUGCAGUGUUUGUCUCACACACGUGGCUUACGGGACUACAGCCUCCUCAAGUCCUACAGGAAUGAAAAGUUCUCCAAAGAAGAGGCUAAACUCAUGGAAGCUUUUUCUCAGGUGCUGUCGGGCCUUUGGGAUGUAAAUGAAGGGGACACAGUUGUAAACCCACGGCAGUUUUACAAUAUUUUUAAAGAAGCUGUGCCUUACUUCAGUGGAUACAGUCAACAGGAUGCACAGGAGUUCCUCAGGUUCCUAUUGGACAAACUGCACACAGAAAUCAACCGCAGACCCUACGUCCGAAGACCGGUGAAGGAGCCUGAACAAAAAUUUGCCAGGUUUAGGAUUUCGGAAGAGGCUGCUGCCAUGUGGAAGAAGCACUUGGAGAGAGAUGACAGCAAAAUAGUAGACCUGUUCUCAGGCCAGCUAAGGAGCUCGCUGCACUGCUCCGUGUGCUCCCACUACUCCAACACAUUUGACGUGUUCUGUGAUCUGUCGCUGCCCAUCCCCAAGAGGAGUUCUGGUGGGGAGGUGACGCUGAGAGAGUGCCUGGACCUCUUCUCUCAGGAGGAGAAACUAGAUAAGGAGAACUCACCAAUGUGUGAGAGAUGUAACAGGCAUACAGAGUGCACCAAGCGGCUUUCCAUCCAGAGGUUUCCCCAAGUUAUUGUGAUCCAUCUCAACCGUUUUACGACAUCACGGUGGUCUAUCAGUAAAAGCACAGUAUAUGUGUCCUUCCCGCUCACCAAACUGGACCUUGGACGCUACGGGCCUGUUGACUGUGGUCCAGUUCUGUAUGAUUUAUAUGCAAUAUGUAACCAUGCUGGGACGGUGAACAUGGGUCACUACACAGCCUGCUGUUCAGAUGAAAAUAGUUGGUGCUUCUACAAUGACUCCAGUGUGACUCCAGUCUCUGAGAACCAGCUUCAGACCAAUCAAGCCUAUGUGCUGUUCUACCAGCGCAGCAACAGCACCACCACCGUCAGGAAAUAGACCCGAGACUGGCUGAGCCCAGCAGCCAAUCAGAGAGACUUUACCUCCAGUGUCCCUAGAAACAAAUUGAAGCAGCAGUGCUGUAACUCUGUGGCAUCUAUGAACGGCGCAAACUCAAUGAGCA